UGUUCGGCGGCAGAGCGGGUGACUGCCUGAGCGGGUGAGCGUUGUUAGUGUGAAUUCAACAGUGGUGAUGAUAACACGUAUUGUCAGCGCGCACGCCAAAUCCGGCAGCAGUAGCAGGUGGAGAGGAGUCAUCAGGAUGCCCCGCAAGCCAAGACUUCCUACGUUGGCAGCUUACUUGCUCCUGCUGAGUCUAGUGCUUCUGCUGUAUGUGUCAGUCAGGGACUCAGAGCAGGAUUCCCAGCAGCAGACAGCGGACCCUCAGCUCGGGAACCAGGGGGCCGGCGAGGAGCCCUCUCUCGGGGCCCGCAGCAUUAAAGGAACCAAAAGAAGAGGAAGGACCAAAGACCUGCCCGCUAAUCCUCAUAACUUCCACAUGAUGAUUAAUAAUGCCAACGUGUGCAGCGGUGAGAGCACGGUUUGGUUGCUGGUGUUGGUCAGCUCCGCGGUGGCCAACUUCCAUCGUCGUCGAGCUAUUAGAGACACGUGGGGAGGCUCGGCACCCCUCACUGCCUCACACGCCAAGCUCGUCUUCCUGCUGGCCAAUCCACACGACUCACGCCAGCAGACACAGGUGGUGGAGGAGUCGAGGACCUAUGGCGACAUCCUGCAGGAGGACUUCGUCGACUCCUAUAUGAACCUCACCCUUAAGUCAGUAAUGGGCCUCAAGUGGGCCUCCACUUACUGCCAACAAGCCCAUUAUGUCAUGAAAACCGACGAUGACAUGUACGUGAACAUUCCCUCACUCAUAACGUACCUACAGGAGUCCCGCAGGUCACGGUGGAUAACAGGCUGCAUCAAACAAAAGAAGGCCUUCCUACCAGUGAACGCUGUCCCAGGCCUCCCUCUGCCCCCUGCACACCCGCCCUUUGUCGCUGGUGCUGGUUACAUUAUGUCUGGAGACAUCGUGAAGGAUCUGUACAGCGCCUCACUCAACACUCGCAUCAUUCCCGUGGAGGACGUGUACGUCACGGCCCACCUGGCGCGUAGUAUCGGUGUUCACCCUCCUGUUCACGACAAUCGCUUCACCUGUGGCGAGAUGGUCAAUGAUGACUGUGAUCUUGUGCAGGUGUUUACGGGUCACAGGAUCACCCCGGAGAGAAUGUACCACAUCUGGGACAAACUCAACCCCAACGGGAUCACUAGUCCUUGUUUCGACUUCUGAAUGACAAGAUUAGAACAAUAUUUAUAGUGGUUAUUUUGAUAUGCUUGUAACACGAAUAUUGGGUAGUCAUACAGCGAGGAACAGUGUGUACGGUACCGUGGUUGUUUCCCAGUCUUGGUUGGAGUUACUGUGUGUGUUAUCAGGUCCACGAGGAAGCCACACUGUCUUGGUCCAAACAGCAGCGGACCAUCGUAACUCUAAGGGCCAAUUGCAAGAACGGUUAUGGGGUGUACGACGCCAUUUACGAUGACCUCCUUGCCCUGGUCUUUUUCAGCAAUAUCGCCUUUAACACAUGGAAUUCUGCACUUUUCGAAACUUUGG